AUGAGUUUUGGAAAUCCUACUGAUUCAGUGAAAAAUAUGAAUCAAUGGGUUGAAAAACAAACAAAUAAUAAAAUCAAAAAUUUUCUUGAAGCUGAUAAAAUUGAUAUGAAUACCUAUCUUUUUCUCAUCAAUGCAUUAUAUUUCAAAGGAAUGUGGAAACAUAGUUUCGAUAAAAAUAAAACAUUCGACAAAAGUUUCUAUGUUGAUAACAAUACUCCGAAAAACGUUCCAACUAUGCAAGUAACUUCUGAAAUAUUUUAUAAAAGCCAUGAAGGACUUGGUGCUGAAAUUGUUCGGCUUCCUUAUCAGGCAAAAGAUGGAUGUGAUCCAAUGAGCAUGAUUAUCAUUUUACCCAAUUGGGAACAAUCAUUGUCCGAUAUUCAAAAAAAAUUGAAUACUGUUACACUUGAGUCUUUAUAUCCAACUGAUAAAUCAAAAAUGCAUUUAUAUUUAAUGGGAAUUAAAGAUGCAUUUACAUCCAAAGCCAAUUUCCAUGGAAUCACUGAACAAAAUGACAUUUCUAUCAGUAAAGUUAUACAACAAGCAUUCAUCGAAGUAAAUGAGGAUGGCACUAAAGCUGCUGCUGCAACACAUAUGGGUAUUAUGCCCUUGUCAGCGUAUGGAGGUCCUCUUGACAUACAUGUAAAUCGUCCGUUUCUUUUUCUUUUGGCAACCGAACGUGUUAUUCUUUUUACAGGAUAUGUCAACGACCCAACUACAAAAUAAAAAAUUCCUCUUAAUCAUUAUUUUUUUUCUUUUUUUUUUCAA